AUGAAAAAUUUGGAGAGGUCAGAGAUCAAGUUAGUAGCAAAGGGGAUUCUUGAAGCAUUGAAUGCCUUCCAUGAAGCAGGUUAUUUACACACAGAUGUCAACCUGGAUAACAUCCUUGUCAACUAUGGAGUCGGGACAAAUAGGUUCAGCGAAGUGAAGCCGAGUGACUGUGGAGACGCAUACCAUGUUGACCCAAAUGCGGACUCACUCGAGAUUGGUCACGUCAUUGGUGCAGCAAUUUUUCGCAGUCCUAAAGCAAACCUCCAACUCUGGUGGGGUACCGCUACGGACAUCUGGUCUUUUAGUGCCACAGUAAUCUUAUAUGGAGCAAAAAACUGGCAUAUCUUCCUACCCAAAGAUUAUUCGGUGGAUGACCCAGAAUUCCCCUCCCAUGUUCUGGCUAAGCAAACAUCUAUAUUUGGCCCUUUCCCUAUGAGUUAUAGGGACAUUGCUGAUGAAGAGAGACAAAGUAUCUUUAUACUCCUCAGCGCCUACCUUAAGGAAAAUAGAUCGUUGAAGCCUUUCUCAAUGGCUGAAGAUCCGGAACUCACGAUGGGGGAUAGAAACUUCAUUUGCAGGAUCAUGAGGAGGGACCCAAGGGAUAGACCUACAGCAAAGGAAUUGUUGGAGGAUCCGUGGUUUCACUGA